AAAAAGAUGGUUUAAAACGAGAGAAGAAAGCUUCAAAACAUCACCAGGACGGGUCGGACGGGCUCAGAUGUGAAAUCUCUGGCAGGGUCAAGACCCGAGGUCGACCUCCGAGUUUAUCACGGCUAACAGGAGAGGAGGCCGGUGAAGAAGUGAACCCUGAGGGGAGGGGAACCGAGGGCUUCUGAACUCUGAAAAGACAAAAAGGAGCAGUCAUGCCAGGCUCGGGAGGCGCAGAGCCGAAGGGUGAAGACUUCUCCACGGCCAUCCUGAGGCAGAAACACCGGCCCAACAGACUCAUCGUGGACGAAGCCCUCAACGAAGACAGCAGCAUCGUCAGCCUGUCCCAGAGCAAGACGGAGGAGCUGCAGCUCUUCAGAGGAGACACGGUGGUGCUGAGGGGACGCAAGCGGCGGCAGACGGUGUGCAUCGUCCUGACGGACGACACCUGCGGGGACGAGAAGAUCCGGAUGAACCGCGUGACGCGCAGCAACCUGCGCGUGCGGCUCGGUGACGUCGUCAGUGUCCACGCCUGCCCUGAUAUCAAGUACGGGAAGAAGAUCCAUACUCUUCCUAUAGAUGACACCAUCCAGGGUCUCACAGGGAACCUCUUUGAGGUUUUCCUCAAACCGUACUUCCUGGAGGCUUACCGGCCCGUGCACAAAGGCGAUAUAUUCUUGAUCAGGGGGAGCAUGAGGGCGGUGGAGUUCAAGGUGGUGGAGACGGACCCCAGCCCUCACUGCAUCGUGGCCCCGGACACAGUCAUCUACUGCGAGGGCGAGCCCAUCAAAAGAGAGGACGAAGAGGAGACUCUCAAUGACAUCGGCUACGACGACAUCGGAGGCUGCCGGAAGCAGCUGGCUCAGAUUAAAGAGAUGGUGGAGCUUCCGCUCAGACACCCGGGACUGUUCAAGGCAAUCGGGGUGAAGCCUCCCAGAGGGAUCCUGCUCUACGGCCCUGCAGGUACAGGGAAAACCCUCGUGGCUCGAGCUGUUGCCAAUGAAACGGGAGCUUUCUUUUUCCUUAUUAAUGGCCCUGAAAUCAUGAGCAAACUGGCAGGAGAGUCAGAAAGCAACCUGAGGAAGGCCUUCGAGGAGGCGGAGAACAACGCUCCGGCCAUCAUCUUCAUCGACGAGCUGGAUGCCAUCGCUCCCAAGAGAGAAAAGACUCACGGUGAAGUGGAGAGGCGCAUCGUGUCCCAACUCCUGACCCUGAUGGAUGGCUUGAAGCAGAGAGCUCACGUGGUCGUCAUGGCAGCGACCAACCGGCCGAACAGCGUGGACGCCGCUCUGAGACGCUUCGGCAGGUUUGACCGGGAGAUCGACAUCGGAAUCCCAGAUUCAACUGGACGACUGGAAAUCCUGCAGAUCCACACCAAGAACAUGAAACUGUCAGAUGAUGUUGACCUGGAGAGAAUCGCCACAGAGACCCACGGCCAUGUUGGCGCAGAUCUGGCCGCUCUGUGCUCAGAAGCCGCGCUGCAAGCCAUCCGCAAGAAGAUGACCCUCAUCGAUCUGGAGGAUGAAACCAUCGACGCCGACGUGCUCAACUCCCUGGCAGUUACCAUGGACGACUUCCAAUGGGCGUUGAGUCAGAGCAACCCCUCGGCUCUGAGGGAGACGACGGCAGAGGUGCCUCAGGUCAGCUGGGAGGAUGUUGGCGGGCUGGACGAGGUCAAGAGGGAACUGCAGGAGCUCGUUCAGUACCCCGUCGAGUAUCCGGACAAGUUCCUGAAGUUCGGGAUGACCCCGUCUCGCGGCGUGUUGUUUUACGGCCCGCCCGGCUGCGGGAAAACCCUGCUGGCCAAGGCCAUCGCCAACGAGUGCCAGGCCAACUUCGUUUCCAUCAAAGGCCCUGAGAUGCUCACCAUGUGGUUCGGAGAAUCUGAGGCCAACGUCAGAGACGUGUUUGAUAAGGCCAGACAGGCGGCCCCCUGCAUCCUUUUCUUUGAUGAGUUAGACUCCAUCGCCAAAUCCAGAGGGGGUGGUGCGGGGGAUGCAGGCGGCGCCGCGGACAGAGUGAUCAACCAGAUCCUCACCGAGAUGGACGGCAUGUCUGACAAGAAGAACGUUUUCAUCAUCGGCGCCACCAACAGACCAGACAUCAUAGACUCGGCCAUCCUGCGGCCGGGCCGACUGGAUCAGCUCAUCUACAUCCCACUGCCCGACAAACCCUCCCGCAGAGCCAUUCUGAAUGCCAAUCUACGCAAGUCUCCUGUUGCACGAGACGUGGAUCUAGAUUACCUGUCUCGCAUCACCGAGGGUUUCUCCGGAGCCGACCUGACAGAGAUCUGCCAGCGGGCUUGUAAACUGGCGAUCCGCGAAGCCAUCGAGGCCGAGAUCAAGGCUGAGCGCCAGAGGCAAAACAGACCGGGCAUCCCCAUGGAUGAGGAUUUUGAUCCCGUCCCGGAGAUCAGGAAGGACCACUUUGAGGAGGCGAUGAGAUUCGCUCGGCGCUCCGUCAGCGACAACGACAUCCGUAAAUAUGAGAUGUUUGCUCAAACUCUCCAGCAGAGCCGAGGUUUCGGAAACUUCAGGUUCCCGUCUGCUGCUGGCGGCCAGUCUGGAACCCAGGGCUCUGAAUCGGGGAGGCCGGGUCUGCACAGGGAGCACGGCGACGACGACCUCUAUCAGUGACAGAAACGCUGCUCUGCUCAUCCCCUUUAGCUGGAAUGCAGUGCAGUCUGUUCCUUUUUCUUUCUUGGAAGAAAUGUGAAUGUAUGAAUAUGAGUGUAAAUUUAAGGUUAAGUUGCAAUCAGUUGAUACUACCAUCAAUACCAAGGAAGUUUUUUUUUUCUUAGAAAGGCCGAACGUCAUCACAGCUUUGAUUUUAGGAGUGACCAGUUUGUUCAAUGAGGGUUACGUCAGGUGUGUGUAUGGAUGAGUUGAAAAUGUAAUCAGUCUAUUUAUUUCUUUAUUUCCAAUGACUUAAUGGAUUCUUGAAUUCUGAGUAUUUGCAUAUAUCAAUAUGCUGGUAUAAAUCGAUCAAUUUGCAACAACAACAAAAAACUCCAUAAAAUUCCCUCAUGUGUUGUUGUCAAACUAUUUUUACAAAAAAAAUCUGUACAAACUACUAGAUUUGUGACAAUGAUGUUUUACUGAAAAAAAUUUGACAAAUCAUGCUAUACGAAAAUCAAACCAAUCAAUAAUAAAGUUAAGAAUUACUGAACUGUAUUUAACUGCUCUGGAAAGGUUUUUUGUUUGUUUGUUUGUUUUUUGUUUCUUGUAUGUUCUGUUAUUUUCUCUGUGGGUAUUUUCUAUAUGUAGUCAUUCUUAAGUAUUUUUGUGGCUAUUUUUUGUCUCCAUUCACAAAUGUAUGUACUUAUGACCUUCUAAAUUAUCCACAACUUCCGCAGAGUCUGUACAGUAUAAGCUCAUGUAUGCUAAAUCAGGUUUUACAGGUGGCCUUUGUCACCAAAACAUAAUGAAGGAGCAAGAAGCUAUAGCUGCAGAUUUGGUUUUUGACCGCGAAACAACACCAUUUUGAAAAAUGUGUUUCCAUCGUGUUUUAAUAAAUGAUA